GGGCUCGGGGCGCCUGCAGGCGGGGGUUCCCCGGCGGCACCUUCCCCUCCCCGCCCGGCUGCGGGGCCAGCCCCAGCGGCCAGGGACCGUUCGAUGAUCUAGGCUGAGCUCCGGUGCAUCCCCUGGAAACAUCCCGGCGGCCCGGCACAGCCGGUGCCCGCAGGGGCCAGGGCCAGGGCCAGGGCCAGGCUCCUGCCCUGUGCAUUGGGCUGCCCCCAGCAUCCUUUUCCAGUGCCCGGGAGCCGCAUCCCUGAGCCUCUGGCGGGUGAGCUCAGCGGGACUCCCGGAAAUCGCCCCUCCUGCAGGCUGGGCCGGGCCCCGGAGCUGCUGGAGGGGCAGGAAACGGUGCGGCAGACACGGAGCCCCCCAGCAUAGCCCCAGCCCUGGGCUACAGCAGCAGAAGGGGACGGUCCCUCAGGGCAGGAACCGGCCCAGCUCCGGCGACGGACACAUUCUUCCAUCCCCCCGGGACGCGGGCUGGUGGCACAGCUGGGGCGCGCAGGGGGUGUGGUGGCCUUUUCGCCCCCAACAGAGGUAGUCAUGUCAACCUGCCUUUUAAGGGUAGACCGGGCCUUUGGGUGCCCAGCUGCUGGAGUCCCCCUCGCCUCCCCCCGCCAUGGGGCCUCCAGGGUCGGGAAGCUCUCUGACAUCCAGCCCUGCUCCCGGGACCCCUUGGACGUGGCGGCCACGGUCGGUUCGGAUUGUGCAUCGCGGAAAGCUCGGCCCAUUGUGCUGCACGACUCGUCACGGCUAACGCGGGGAUCCCACGGGCCGAGCUCGAAACGCCCUGAGUUCUUGGGGCUCUGCCUCUUCCCGGGGACCUGCGAAUGCUCUUAAACCCCAUUUGUUGUGGCCUCUGCGUCUUUAUGAUGCACAAAGGAGGUUUGGACGUUACCGUUCUGCUUGUUUUUCUAUUGGAACGAGGGGCUGGUCUCCCUGGGACCUCUGGCUGACCUGAAUGACUGUCCAUGUGGGGUGAGCGUAGUGUAAGUAACCAGACAGACCUGCUAGACUGGGCACUAGAGGUGCCCUGCAAGUGAAGCCUGGCUAACGAAGCGGGCAAGUGACUGUUUAAAAUGCGAUGGAGUCUGUCUGUUUGUUUGUGGUGGCGGCACCUGUUUAACUCCAAUGUCCAAGGAAGACUUGAGAGAAAAGCUCUCUGAGCUAAAGUUUGGCUCAUCACCACCUGCCCUUCCAGGAAAGGCUGAGAAAGCUCAUGCCACGUUUCUCAGUCCCCCCAGAGAUCAGGGAAGAGGAGACUUGAUAUUCCUGAUGUAGCUGUAAGGCCCUGGUGUCGUUCGAGGACGUGGCGGUCUAUUUCUCCCUGGAAGAGUGGGCAGCAUUAGCUGAAUGGCAGCAGGAGUUGUACCAGGAGGUGAUGAUGGAGAAUUACGAGCUCAUCGCCUCACUGGGUUCUGCAGGCCCCAAACCGGAAAUGAUCUGUAAAAUGGAGCGAGGGGAAGAGCCACACGAUGCAGCUCCCCAGAGGGAGAGGGACCAAGGAAUCCUGGAUGCCCCCAGCACAGCUGGCUGGGGCAGGCGUGUCAAGGAGGAGCUGUUGGUGGAAGGCUACAACGACCAGUGGGUGGCACACACAUCGCUGGCCGGGGGAGCCGAGGGGUUUGUGCUGGAAUAUCCUGCCCUGUGGUGCGAAGUGAAGCCGAGGAACCUGGCGGGAGUCGCCCCCCAGCAAUCCCCGGAGUGGGAGGGAAGGGACGGCACAUUCCUGGGCGGCCCGUUGGCCAUGAUCCACCCGGCGAGUGAGGGCCCCCUCAUCUGCUGCGAGUGCGGGAAGAGCUUUGAUGACGAGGCCUCAUUGAGUGCCCACCAGCGCCUACACCCGGGUGCCGGGCCCCAUGAGUGCCGGGCCUGCGGGAAGAGCUUCCGCCACCGCCGCAGCCUCCUGACCCACAAGAAACGGCGGGGGAAGAGCCGGCACGCUUGCACCGAGUGCGGGAAAGGCUUCUGCCUCAAGGGCGACCUGCUGCGGCACCGGGCGGGGCACGCGGGCGAGGGCGGCCACACCUGCAGCCUGUGCGGGGAGAGCUUCCGCCGCAAGAGGAACCUGCUGGCCCACAGGAAGGAGCACGUCGGGGACACGCCCCACCGCUGCCCCGAGUGCGGGCAGAGCUUCGGCGGCCCGGCCAGCCUGGCCCAGCACGAGGCAGCGCACCGCGAGGAGAGGCCCUUCGUGUGCGCCCGCUGUGACCGCAGCUUCAGCUGGAAGGAGAGCCUGAUGAUCCACCAGCGGAGCCACCCGCAGGAGCGCUCCCACAAGUGCGCCGACUGCGGCCGAAGCUUCAGGCGCAACGGGAACCUCCUCAUGCACCAGCGGGUGCACACCGGGGAGCGGCCCUACGCCUGCCCCGAGUGCGACCGCAGCUUCUGCAACAAGGCCAACCUCAUGGCCCACAGGAAGCUGCACCGGCGGUUCAAGCCGUACGCCUGCGCCCAGUGCGGGAGGAGCUUCCGCUUCAAGACCAAGCUGCUGCUCCAUCAGAGGGCCCACGGGGACGAGCAGUAGCCCCCUGCCGCUCUGUCUCCUGGAGGCUGCAGCUGGGCCUGGCAGGCCGCGGGGGCUCUGGUGUUGCUAAGGACCGGGGGCCGAAACUCGCCCCCGGGCAGAGGGCUGGGGCAAGGCCUAGGUGUUGCCUCAGCCUGGGGGUCCCCUGGGCUAUGGAGCAAGACCCCAGCCUUUGAGGGGAAGCUCUGCUGUCUUGCAGAGGCCUGCUUAGGUCACUCUGGGGGGGUUCUGCCAUUGCUCAGGAUAGGGGGUGAAAUUCACCCCAGGGCUGAGGGCUGGCGCACAUGCGGGACUCGAGCGGUGCCGAGGCCUUGCCAGCCAGCCUUCUCCCCGGGGGGAAUUUCACUGGUCAUCAAUAUACUGCCGUGUGUCCUCUGUAAGGCAUCAGACUUGCCCUGGGCCUGGCUGCCCUGAGAGCUACAUUCCCCUCC